GGCGUAGGGAGGGCGGGGCAGACGGACGUCACGGCGCACGAUCGGCUCGACGCUGUUCCCUGAUUCUCGUCGGCCCCAGGUUUAGGAGCCGUUGCUGUGGACGGAUAUACGGGGAUGUGAGCGACCAUUGAAGGCAGCUAGGGUGCCGGUGAGCCGCUCCACCAUCUGCUCGGUGUGUGGGCUGAGCUGCGAGGGGCUGAGCUUCAAUGGAGGACCACAUGACGGGGCACAACAAGGAGAAGCGUUAUGAGUGCGACGUGUGUGACAAGGCCUGGCAGUACCCAUGUCAACUGGAGGCCCACCGGCGGGUGCACACGGGAGAACGCCCCUUCGACUGCUCGGAGUGCGGCAAGAACUUCACCCACUAUGCCAACCUGCUGCGUCACAACCGCGUGCACUCUGGCGAGAGGCCCCAUGGCUGCUCCACCUGCGGCAAGAACUUCAAGACAGCGCAGGUGCUGAAGGUCCACCGACGGGUGCACACGGGCGAGAGGCCCUUCACCUGCUCUGACUGCGGCAAGAGCUUCAAGACGACGCAUGAGCUGACGAUCCACCAGCAAGUGCACAUGGGCGAGAAGCCCUAUGGCUGCUCCACCUGUGGCAAGAGCUUUGACUGCUUGUCAGGGCUGCGGGUGCACCAGCGGGUGCACAGCAGUGAGCGGCCCUUCACCUGCUCCGACUGCGGCAAAGGCUUCAAGUCAUCGUCGGAUCUGAAGGUGCACAGCCGCCUGCACACAGGCGAGCGGCCCUACACCUGCGGCCAGUGCGGAAAGGGCUUCACCCGCUCCACCUACCUGUUGGCCCACCAGCAGGUGCACGCUGGCGACCGUCCCUUCUCCAGGCCCUUCAGCUGCUUCGAAUGCGGCAAAGGCUUCAAGUCGUCCACAGAUCUGAAGGUGCACAGGCGCCUGCACACUGGCGAGCGUCCCUACAUCUGCAGCGACUGCGGCAAGGGCUUCACCCGCUCCGACAGCCUGCUGGAGCACAGGCGCACCCACACCGGUGAGCGCCCCUACACCUGCACCCAUUGCGGAAAGGGCUUCACCCGUCCCUCAAGGCUGCUGUCCCAUCAGCAAGCGCACGUGGGCGACCAUCCCUUCCCCAACCCGGUGUGUGGAGAGCGCUUUGCCAUGGCCUCCCACACGCAUGAACACCAGUGGCCAGCACUACCACUGCCCGUACUGCGGUGAGGGGUUUGACAGUUUGUGGGGGUUGUGGCAGCACCGGAGGAACUUCACUGGUGAGCGGCUGCUCCCACUAUGGCAAGCGUUUCAAGAGCGCACGAGGGCUGUGGGAGCACCAGCGGAUACACACUGGAGAGAGACCCUUUGUGUGCACUCAAGUAUGGCAAGGGUUUCACCCACAUGUCCAGCCUGUGGCAGCACCGGCGUACACCCGCAGCGGUGAGCAUCCCUUUCCCUGCCUUCCCCCGCCUUGAACACCUCCUGGAGCACCCGGCGAGUUCACACCGGCCAGCGCCCCUUCACCUGUCCGCUCUGUGGCAAGGCCUUUGCCCGCUCCUCCAGCCUGCUGGCACACCGCCCCGUGGAUAGGCGCUGUUUAGGUAAACACAAAAUACUGGAAGGAAUGGGUAACGUUUCGGGUCGAUACCCUUCUUCAGUUUCAACCCAAAGCGUCAUCUAUUCCUUCCCUCCAGAGAUGAUGCCUGUCCCGCUGAGUUACUCCAGCAGUCUGUGUCCUUUUUUGUAAACCAGCACCUGCAGUUCCUUGUUUUUAAACCAUUCUGGUUAACCAUCUCUGCAUCUUCCCCAAAGCCUCCACAUCAGUCCUGUAAUGGAGUGACCAGAACUGUAUGCAAUACUCCAAAUGCUACCUGACCAAUGUCCCUUAAAGCUAUCUCACACCGCUUUAUCUCCUUAUUUUCUCCUGCCUCUGUCACUUGGCAUCUGCCAAUCACCCCCUCAUCUGUUAACAUCGUGUCAGUUUGAACAAGGGUCCAGACCCAAAAUGUCACCUAUCCAUGUUACUCCAGCACUCUGUGAAACAUAACCUAUCCAUGUUCUCCACAGAUGCUGCCUGACCCGCUGAGUUACUCCAGCACUCUGUGAAACGUCACCUGUCCAUGUUCUCCACAGAUGCUGCCUGACCCGCUGAGUUACUCCAGCACUUUGUGAAAUGUCACCUAUCCAUGUUCUCCACAGAUGCUGCCUGACCCGCUGAGUUACUCCAGCACUCUGUGAAACGUCACCUAUCCAUGUUCUCCACAGAUGCUGCCUGACCCGCUGAGUUACUCCAGCACUCUGUGAAACGUCACCUAUCCAUGUUCUCCACAGAUGCUGUCUGACCCGCUGAGUUACUCCAGCACUCUGUGAAACGUCACCUAUCCAUGUUCUCCACAGAUGCUGUCUGACCCGCUGAGUUACUCCAGCACUCUGUGAAACGUCACAUAUCCAUGUUCUCCACAGAUGCUGCCUGACCCGCUGAGUUACUCCAGCACUUUGUGAAACGUCACAUAUCCAUGUUCUCCACAGAUGCUGCCUGACCCGCUGAGUUACUCCAGCACUCUGUGAAACGUCACCUAUCCAUGUUCUCCACAGAUGCUGUCUGACCCGCUGAGUUACUCCAGCACUCUGUGAAACGUCACCUAUCCAUGUUCUCCACAGAUGCUGCCUGACCCGCUGAGUUACUCCAGCACUUUGUGAAAUGUCACCUAUCCAUGUUCUCCACAGAUGCUGCCUGACCCGCUGAGUUACUCCAACACUCUGUGUUCGAGUCACGCGGCAUGGAAAUUGCUCUUUGGCCCAACUUGCCCAUGCCGACCAACAUGUCCCAGCUACGCUAGUCCCACCUGCUGUCGUUUGGCCCACAUCCCUCAAACUUGUCCUAUCCAUGUACCUGUCUAACUGUUUCUUAAAUGUUGGGGUAGUCCCAGCUUCAACUACCUCCUUUGGCAGCUUGUUCCAUACACCUACCACCCUUUGUGUGAAAAAGUUACCCCUCAGAUUCCUAUUAAAUCUUUUCCACGUCACCUUGAACCCGUGUCCUCUGGUCCUCGAUUCCCCCACUCUGGGCAAGAGAUUCUAACUAAAUUGUGUUCUAUGCAAGAUUCCAUCACCUGCAGUUUCUUGUCUCCCUCACCUCCAUCCACCUAUCAUUUCUGAAGAAGGUUCUCAAUCUGAAACAUCACCCAUUCCUUCUCUCCAGAGAUGCUGCCUGUCCCGCUGAAUUACUCCAGCAUUUUGCAUUCACCUAUCAUUUGCCAGGCUUUGUCCAGCCCCCAUCUCUCUUUUCCAGCUUCCUCCCCCCACCCUCUCUAAUCAGUCUGAAGAAGGGUCCUGACACAAAACAUCGUCUGUCCAUUAUAUCAUAUCAAAUCAUAUGUGGUCUGCACUUGGUCUAGUAUGUAAUAUAAAACUCUGUGUGU